CUUUCUUCUCUCUCUCUCUCUCCCCCCCGACUGCCCGCUCCUGAUCCUCUCUGCGCUUCCCCCGCUUGAUCUAUGGGAGAGGAACUCCAUUGUAACCCAGAAAUUGGAAGUGUUUGAUUGAUUCUGUGAAACUGGUUUGCUAAACGCCCAAUGCGGUCUUCCAGAAGGCCACAGAAAGGCACAGAUUUGAGCAGAACUCGGAUUAAUAGAUCUAAAUUUUACUUGCAAUCCCGGACUCUAUCGCAGGGGCAUUGCCGGUGGUUUAUUGGGGCAUGUGGAAUUGGAUCUGAUGGUGUGUGUAUUGAUGCUAUGGCUGUCGAUAGAUAUAGUAAGUUGCGGCGACUCUGCUAGGGUUGUUGUGGACGGCAACGACCGGAGCUGCGUACACGACGAUGCAGCUUCGCUUCUCGCCUAGCAUGCGAAGCAUCACGAUAUCGAGCAACAAUGGCUUUAUUGACUUGAUGAAGGUCAAGGUCGCAGCUCGCCACAUUUCUUAUCGAACCCUCUUCCACACCAUCCUCAUCCUUGCGUUCUUGUUGCCAUUUGUUUUCAUUCUCACUGCAGUUGUUACCCUUGAAGGUGUCAACAAGUGCUCCUCAUUUGGCUGUUUGGGCAGGCGGUUAGGACCCAGGCUUCUUGGUAGGGUUGAUGACUCAGGGGAGAAAUUGGUUAGAGAUUUUUACAAGAUCCUUAAGGAAGUCAGGAGUGGGGAAAUUCCAGAUGGUCUAAAGCUGCCAGAUUCCUUUGAACAACUGGUUUCUGAUGUGAAGAACAAUCAAUAUGAUGCUAAGACAUUUGCAUUUUUGUUAAGAGGAAUGAUGGAGAAAUUUGAAAGAGAUAUCAGAGAGUCCAAGUUUGCAGAGUUAAUGAACAAGCACAUUGCAGCAAGUUCAAUCCCUAAAGGGAUUCAUUGUCUAUCAUUGCGUUUGACUGAUGAAUAUUCCUCAAAUGCUCAUGCACGCAAACAACUUCCACCUCCAGAGUUACUUCCUCUACUGUCUGACAACUCCUACCACCAUUUUAUUGUGUCAACCGAUAACAUUUUAGCUGCCUCAGUAGUUGUUACUUCCACUGUCCAGUCAUCGUUGAACCCUGACAAGAUAGUCUUCCAUGUCAUCACAGAUAAGAAAACUUAUGCAGGCAUGCACUCAUGGUUUGCACUUAAUCCUGCCUACCCUGCUAUAGUUGAAGUCAAAGGUAUUCACCAGUUUGACUGGUUAACUAGAGAAAAUGUUCCAGUACUUGAAGCUGUGGAAAAUCAAAAUGGGAUCAGAAAUUACUACCAUGGGAAUCAUGUUGCAGGAGCCAAUCUCAGUGAUACAACUCCACGCACUUUUGCUUCAAAAUUGAUGUCUCGAAGUCCAAAGUACAUAUCAUUACUCAACCAUCUCCGAAUAUACUUACCAGAGCUUUUCCCAAACCUUGACAAGGUCGUCUUUCUAGAUGAUGAUGUGGUAAUUCAGCGUGACUUGUCUCAACUUUGGGAAAUUGAUCUAGAAGGAAAAGUUAACGGAGCUGUUGAAACCUGCAGAGGUGAAGAUGAAUGGGUUAUGUCUAAGCGUUUUAGAAAUUACUUUAAUUUUUCCCACCCCCUUAUUGCAAAGCAUUUGGACCCCAAUGAGUGUGCAUGGGCUUACGGCAUGAAUAUCUUUGAUCUGCGCGCAUGGAGAAAAACAGACAUAAAAGAGACAUACCAUUCCUGGCUUAAAGAGAAUCUGAAGUCUAACCUGACCAUGUGGAAGCUUGGGACCUUACCGCCUGCUUUAAUUGCAUUUAAAGGUCACGUUCACCCAAUUGAUCCCUCCUGGCACAUGCUUGGCUUGGGAUAUCAGAAUAAAACAAAUAUUGAGAGUGUAAAGAAGGCUGCAGUUAUCCACUACAAUGGGCAGUCGAAACCCUGGUUGGAAAUUGGCUUUGAACAUCUCCGGCCAUUUUGGACCAAGUAUGUCAAUUAUUCUACUGAUUUUGUCAGGAAUUGUCAUAUCCUGGAACCAUAGUCAGUUUACGAGAAGAGCGUUGGUGUGAACAACGGCAGACACCGAAGAGACAAGUUAAAAAGGUUUCAUCUAAAUUUUUCUGGCUUGAGCUUUUCUUCAAGAUGAAUUUGGGAAGUCAAAGGUUUGGUUGAAAUGGCAAAACGAUAUAAAAUUGUGGGUGGAUUUGCUGCCAUCCCCUAUAUUUUUGCAAAUUUUAUCAUCCUGGAAUGGCCCUGAGAAUCACUUUUCAGUCUUGUGACAAAAAAAUUGAACCUAUAUUUUUGCUUGAUGAAAGGAUGAAAUAGUUUUGGUCUUCACUGGGGGCGCCUGUAUUAAGGAUUGCUUAGUGAAGAACUUCACAGAAAAUAAACUGAACGCUGCAGAUGAAAGAUACGCUCCAAGUCAUCAUAUUAGUUGGGGCAAGGAUCAGAACUGAGACAGUUAUUAGGCUACGAAAUUCCGCCACUAGUACAGCGAUUUCCCCUUGAUUUUUUAGUUGUUUAAUUUUUAUUAGUACCACAUUUUAUACCCCAUCCUUUUAAAUUUUGAUAUGAUGAUAUGAUAAAUUGUAGGCGUAGUUCUUGAGAUUGCCUUGGCACAAAUGCAUUGAAUUUCGAAACUGUUAGUAUUGGUAUUCGUUUUGUACUAUUACCACACAUUGGAAAUGUGCAGAAUUUUCUCCCCUUCUUAUAUGUGUUAUGGAUGAAAA